CAGGAGUUUAUCCAAACCCUGGAUGAGGAGCUAGCAAAAAAACUUGCUACAAGAGCUCUACAGAGGCGAGUGGGCAGCAUGGACUAUAUAGAUAUGCUUCUUAUCCAGGAGGACCCAGAAGAUGAGAAUGAUGAUGCCGCUCUCCCAUCUUCCCUUUCUCUAUCCCCCCAGAAGUGUCAAGUCCAGCACCACCGAACCCCACCCAAUCUAUACCUGCAUCCACCCCAGCCCACCCCCUCGAGCAUAUCUGGAACAUCAACUUCAGGUGGGCCCUCAUCUUUCAGGCCACCGCCAACAGCAUCUAUGGCAAGGUCAAGUGAACCAGUGCCUGAGUGGUGCAAAUGUGGACAUUGCCGCAGAAUGUCACAGGAGGUUGAGAACCGGUGCUGUAAUUCUAGAGACUGUGUCUCACUUAGCGCACGCUUUCGCAAGCUAUGCCUGGACCCUGAUUAUUUACAAUUAAGUAUAAAGUGUUCAGGGGAUAUCAGAAACGACCGUCAAGAUAAUAGCAGCAGAGCCUUCCAAAAGGCUGCCUAUCGUCGUUAUAUAAUUGAAGAAUAUGGCUACCUUGGAAACCACAAAAGAAGGGUAUGC